AUAGUUCUUCUUUUUGUUAUAAUAGUUUAUUUUAUAAAUAUGUUUUCAUUUCCUGCUACUUUACCGCUUAUGAUAUCACAACUAAGUGAUUUUCGAUUACGAUUUCUUAGAUUGUCACAUAAAAUAGAUGGUUGGACAAAUUUAAAAGAACGCAAAAACAUACAUCCGUUUUUACACUCUUGCAACACGUUGCUAAAGAUUAAAUAGUUUUGUUCACUUGUUUGUGUGCUGUUGUAACACCUAAAACUAUUCGAGAUAGAUAUCGAGUUAUAUACAUACAUACAUAUAUAAAGGAUCAGGAUUACGAGAUAAGUUGAAUUCCAAAGGACUGUCUGCCCGUGUAAGCGAUAGCUUGAGUAAAAAUUGUGGUAUCUUGAUGAAACUUGGUAAACAUAUUCCCUCCCAAGAGAGGUUGGUAUUGCAAAUGGGAAUAAUCAGGCCAUUGCCGCGCCUAUAAAACGCGAUUAAACGAACGCCACGCUCCAGUAUAUAUGUAAAUCAAAUAUCAAAAAUUUAUUCAAAAUAAAUUUGCACAAUUAAAUAUAAAGUUUUGUCAACACCUUAAAACCUAAAAGUAUUUCCCAAGUUUUGAUCCGUGCAAGUCGCAAGAGUAUGAAAUGUUCGGUUACACCCGAACUUAGGCUUUCCUUACUUCUUACUUCUUAAUCUAAUAAAAAUAUAUACAUAUACUAUACAUAUAGUUAAUCAUUAGAGUAUAUAGCCGAAUAAAAUCGUUUAAUAAUGUCUUAAAGAAUAUAUGUAUCUCACGCAUAUUAAUCUUCGUAUAUUAUGUCCCAUCUACUAACAUUCACCUUGAUUUGAGUUCUUAGUCAUGCGCUACCAAUCACACAGUUGGCUUAGUAAUUAAAAUGUGUAAACUUCUGCAAAGGCAUACUUCAAUGACGAUGUGUUAUUAUUAAUCUAAUUAAUUAGCAAAUAUAAACAUAAAGAUUCAUUCACUUCCCGACUUUACUCAUAAAUAAUAAUAACAGAAAGCUUCACAAAUAUAUUAGACAAAAAUGUUCAUACAUUGUUAAACCCGACCUUUUUUAUAUUGGUCGGAGAACCGAUAAUAAAUUACCGGAAUUGCAUAAGCGGUGUAGCAUGCAUGCAUUUUCACCAACAACAACGUGGUUCAGCCAGAAGGGGAGAAUUUAGUAGUUAUAGUACUAUCUGGAUCACUACCAGAAAGUUGUACUUGAAAUAUAAAAGUAUCAAAUUGAAAAGUCGUCCACAAAGUGCAACACGUUUACUUGUUGUCAACUAUCUCAAAAAACAGAACUCCAAAAAAAGCUGAAAAUUUGUUUAAUUUAAUGUGUGAAACGAUUUAUAUUUGUUCACAUAUGUACAUACAUUUUUUUUUUCAUUAUGACUGCUACAUAUCCAUACGCAGAUUCAAUUUCACUCAAUGCCGUUAGCAACUUGUUCUCCCGUUUAGUGGCAAUGUUGCAACACAAAUCCUGUCAUGCUUGGACGUAAAUGAAUGUGAAAGAUGUAGUGUUGACAUUGAAACUAGUAAAGACGCUGCCAAUGCCACCAUCACUAAAAUUAAAGCUUGCUGUUACAACUUUUGAUCGUGUUAUGCGCAAUAGAAAGUGAGUUAUUAAUGUGACACAGCUGGGCUAUGCUAGGGGUAGCAUUAAAAGUGAUUUCGUUUUCAUUUAAGAUAAAUUAUUCGCCCGAUGUGGUUGUGCCGUUUUCGCUUUCUUUCAACAAAAUAACAAAAUACGAACAUUUAUACGUACAAUUUAUUUUAAUUAAUAUUAUAAAUAUAUUACAAUGUUAUCUAACGUAGUCUAUAGAGCAUAUAUAGCCUUGAUUCUUCUAGAUAAGUCUGGUAUACUUGCGAAAGACUCACAUUCAUUUACCAAGAAUAGGUGCUUGAAUCCCCCUCGUACAGCCCGCCGAGUGGAAUCUUUUAUACAGGAGUGUCAAGAGGAUGUCAAAAAUAAACUAAUUAGCGAAGCUUACUACAUACUUAAGAGUCAAAUAAAAAACAAAAAUACAGCAUUGGACAUUACUGUAGAUAACAUCUCGGAGAUCAAUUCGGCUCCCGCACCAGUUUCCGUUCCAUCGAUUAUCUUCCAUACCAUCGAAGAAAACUCUAAGUUAGCGUCUCAACAUGAUGCAUAUCAAUUUCAACCAGAGAGGCAACAAGUGACCAGUUUGAUGAACCACAUUCGACGCAUUUCAUAUAAUCCGCGUAGUGCCCUUUAUUAUCCCACAUUGGUACCCGCGGAGGAAAAACGUUUAGCUGGCUGCCUGUUACACUGCGUUUAUGCGAAAAAUAACGCUAUCGACAAACUGGGAUGGCCUACUCUUGACGGCUUAGUGAAUUUUUACUCAGAAGGAGUGAAUGAACACGGUUUUUUUAUGGCCACACUUCGAUCCGUAAAUCUCUGCCUGCAUGCAAUUACAGUAAAGUAUAAUAUCGAUCGACGCAAACUACCAAAACGUGGUGAAAGCUGUGAUUUAGCCUUCGACGUAUUCGAUUGUAUUUCAGACCAUCUAACGGGUUAUUGUUUAAAUCAAUACGAAUAACAUUUCUCAAUUAAUACUUGCAAAUAACUUGUUACGACUUGAAAUAAGAAUAAACUUUCGAAUUACCAGUAAAA